CUUUUGUCAUCUCUACUUCUCUAGUCUAGAAAUUGGAAAACAAAACACAAAUCAGCAUUUUUUCCUGAGCCCUCAUCCUCACCCUAACAGUUACAGCCAGUGUCAACUGCCGCAACUGUCAUCUUCCAUAUUCCACCACCGGUAUACAUGUAUAAUCCUCUCUUGCCUGUAUUUUUCCUUUUCGAUUACUAAGAAUGGGCUAGUCCAAAUUUGUUCAACAAUGUCGAUUUGUUUCCAUCACAUUUCUGUCAAACUUCCAGGAUUCAACAACAAAAAGUUUUGCAGACCGUCUGGGUCUAGGAGGGAAUUGACAAUAGUCUCCAUGUCGUCAGUUGCUACUGAUGCGGUGAAGGACGUACUUGCAGCGAAUUAUAUACCUGCAGCUCCUAUACUUAUCCCCGAAGGACCGUGGCAGCAGAUUUCUGGGGGAGUUACAGCUGCGAAGGGAUUCAAGGCUGCCGGUAUUUAUGGUGGUUUGAGGGCCCAAGGAGAGAAACCUGACCUUGCCCUAGUCAGUUGUGAUGUAGAUGCUAUAUCUGCAGGCGCUUUUACUACCAAUGUGGUUGCUGCUGCACCAGUUGUGUAUUGCAAACAAGCUUUAGAGAAAUCAAAAACGGCACGUGCAGUACUGAUUAACGCUGGUCAAGCAAAUGCAGCCACGGGGGAUGCUGGAUUCCAAGAUGUGAUAGAAUGUGCAAGUUCCUUGGCUGAGAUGCUCCAAUUAAGGCAAAAGGAAAUACUUAUUGAAUCGACAGGUGUAAUUGGUCACAGGAUUAAGAAGAAGGCUCUUCUUGAGGCACUGCCAAAGCUGGUUGGUUCUCUGUCGUCUACGAUUGAAGGGGCAGAUUCUGCAGCAGUUGCAAUCACGACUACUGAUCUUGUGAGGAAAAGUGUUGCCAUUGAAUCCAAGGUUGGAGAGACUUGUAUCCGAGUUGGAGGCAUGGCUAAAGGUUCAGGGAUGAUCCACCCCAAUAUGGCAACUAUGCUUGGGGUUAUUACAACUGAUGCUGUAGUUGACAGUGACGUUUGGAGGAAGAUGGUGCAGGUUGCUGUUAGUCGAAGUUUUAACCAAAUUACGGUAGAUGGGGAUACUAGUACCAAUGACACUGUUAUUGCUUUGGCUAGUGGGCUUUCUGGUGCGUCAAGGAUAUCAAACCUGAAUGGUCCUGAAGCAUCACAACUUCAAUCAUGCCUUGAUGCUGUAAUGCAAGGUCUUGCAAAGUCGAUUGCUUGGGAUGGAGAAGGAGCAACCUGUCUAAUCGAGGUAUCUGUAAAAGGUACCAGUGACGAGGCUGAAGCUGCAAAAGUUGCACGCUCUGUAGCAUCUUCUUCUCUUGUCAAGGCUGCUGUGUACGGACGAGAUCCGAACUGGGGACGUAUUGCCUGUGCUGCUGGCUAUGCAACAGUCCCUUUCAACUUAAGCAAACUUCAAAUAUCACUCGGCGACAUUCUGCUAAUGGAUGGUGGACAGCCCCUUCCAUUUGAUCGGGCGGCUGCCAGCAGUUACCUUCAGAGAGCUGGGGAGGAACAUGGUACUGUUGAAAUACGCAUCUCAGUGGGUGAUGGGCCAGGAGAGGGGAAAGCAUGGGGCUGUGACCUGAGCUAUGACUAUGUCAAGAUAAACGCAGAGUACACCACAUAAGAUCGAUAUCAAUGGAAAUGAACUGCAAUUUCUGCCCCAUACUAAAGGCAGUCACCCUUGCUUAUCUUGCGUAUGUAUGUUCAUUGAUGUAGUAUUGAGGGGAGUAGAUCAGUUAUAGGAUUGUUUAUGUUCAACUAUUUAUUGUUUCGUGUCAAUGAUGCAUCAUUUAGUAUCUAUUAUGUCAUUUGAAGCUAGUGGAAUUAAUAGAAUGAGAGAUGCCAAGCCUUGCAUCAUGGCUUGAGCGAUUUAAGCGACAAAUCCGAAUCAAGUAAUUUGAUUGGAUCUGUUCUAUGAAAAAAAUAACUUAAUAAUAAAUUUUUGUAACGAA